ACAGGUGACAGCAAGAGGAUGGUCCGGCGCGCGCCGGAAGGGAGACGUAGGAAGUGGCCUCGAUGGGUGAGGAGCCGGGAAGCUGCGGCCCGAAAGCCCGGAUCUCACGCCCGCCCGCCAGCCCGCGUGACAGCAUCGAUACCUGCGCCCAGCAGCCCCGCGAUCACGCGCGGCCCCACCUCCCCCCACCAGGGGCUUGGCGAUGGCGUAUUCUCGGCGAGCCUGUGACGUCAACAUGGCGGCCGCCCUGGCGCGCAGUGGUGACGUCAGGGGCAUGGCGGCAGUCGAGCCGUCUUUGGAGCACUGGAACGCGGUGGCCCCGCGAAGGAAGCGCGCACCCGGGAGGCGGCCGCGGCGGUACGAGGGCCAGGCUCGCGGGCCCCAGGCCGAGCCGGAGGCAGACGGCGAGGCUGUGCUGCGCCGCCUGCGGGAGGCCGAGGAGGACCUUCGGAUCUCUGAUUUCUGCAGUUCAGCACUGGAAACAGUUGCCGAGUGUCUUAGAAAGCAGCUGGAGCAACUACAGGUGCUAACAGAAGCUUUCGGAAGACUGUGCCUUGACCUAUCACCCUAUGGGUCAGAAGAGCCCCUGGCCACGAGCACCUUCCCUGUCAAGUGUGUGUGCUAUGGCCUUGGGAACUUUGCCUCCUGUGUGACCGCUCGGACCCAGCUCGCGUUUAUGCUUCUCUUUCUGGAGAAGUGCCAGAUCCCCAGAAGCCACUGCUGGGCCUAUGACCCUCUGUUUAGCCAAACUGAGGUUUCGGUGCUCUCCUCCCUCGGUGUGACUGUGCUGAGCGAGAAUGAGGAAGGGAAGUGCAGUGUCCAGGGCCAGCCCACUGUCUUCUACAUGCCACACUGUGGUACAGCUCUGUACAACAACCUGCUGUGGAGCAACUGGUCCGCAGACGCUCUCUCUAGGGUGCUCAUCAUUGGGAACAGCUUCCAAGGCCUCCAGGAAAGGUUGUUGACAAGGAUUCUGCAGGAAAAUUAUCCCUACAUUGCAAAGGUAUCUGACAAGAUAGCCAGGUGGGGGUGCAAGGCCAUAGUACCCGCCCAUGUUAAUGAGCAUACAUACUGGGAGGGGGCUCCCCUGGAACCAGCUGGUGCCUCUCCUAGUCUGUACCCAAACCCUUUCAUCCUCAAGGUGAGUCCAGCAUUCCCAUUGCCCUCGGGGCUGAAAAGCUUGAAAUACAAACCUCCAUUUCUUAUUUUUCAAAAGGAAAAUGGGGUGCCCAGGUGAACAGAAAAUAAGCCGAGAGAGUGGGGUCAUACCUAAUGCCUGUGUCUGGACCUCUCUGCUCAGAUUCUGAAAGGCCUGGAGGAGUCCCCACUGCCUCAGAACCCCCGGUACGCUGACACCUUUAACGACACGUCUGUGCACUGGU